AUGGGUGGUGCCGUGGCUGAAAUCAAGACGCUGGCUGAGUACCACUCAGCCAUCGAAUCUUGUUCGAAGGCAUGCGUGUUUUUCUGGGCCGCAUGGCACGAGCCAAGCAAGCCGGGCGGACAGAUGGACCAGGUGUUCUCCCAGUUGGCCGAGCUGCACCGAGGAGCAGUGAAUUGCGUCAAGGUGGAGGCGGAGGCAGCACCGGAAGUUAGCGCCAAGCUCGAGAUCGCUACCGUGCCCACUUUUGUGCUCGUCAAGGGUGGAGCGGCAUGCGGGAGAAUCGAGGGAGCGGACCCCCCCACGCUGGCCAAGCGCGUGCAGGAGCUGGCCAAUGAACACGUCGCACAGCAGAAGUCCAAGGGGGAUGGGGUGGAGGGGAUGCAGCCAGAGCUCAAGGCGAAGCUGAAGAGCAUCAUCGGCACGUCGCCGGUGAUGCUCUUCAUGAAGGGUAACGCGGAGGAGCCCAAGUGCAAGUUCAGUCGAAAGAUGGCCGAGAUGCUCAGAGGCGCAAAGGUCGACUUUGGGUCCUUCGAUAUCCUUACGGACGAGCAAGUGAGAGCAGGGCUAAAGGUGUACUCCAACUGGCCUACCUUCCCUCAGCUGUACGUGAAGGGGGUGUUGGUAGGGGGAGUAGAUGAGGUGUCCAAACUGGCGGAGGACGGGGACUUGAAAAACAGCCUGGCUAACGCUGCGGGCGUGAAGCCUAGCAAGAACACCGCGGGGGCUGUCGGGGGCGGCAAGUCUGUGGAGGAGCGGUGCAAGGACAUUAUGAGGAGAGCGGAGACGAUGGUCUUCAUGAAAGGCACUCCGGACGCCCCUCGUUGCGGCUUCAGCCGAACCCUGGUCGGACUGCUGAGAGAGGAGAACAUUGCCUUCGAGUCGUUCGACAUCUUGGAGGACCAGGAGGUUCGGGAGGUCUUGAAAGACCUGUCCAACUGGCCGACGUAUCCGCAACUUUACGUACAAGGGGAGUUGGUGGGAGGCCUGGAUAUCGUGAAGGAGAUGAAGCUUGAGGGGCCCCUUGCUCCGCAGCUUGGCGUGACACCCAAGGAAAACCUGGAGUCGCGGCUGAAGCGCCUGAUGACCUCUAGCCCGAUCAUGCUCUUCAUGAAAGGCAACCCCGACAGCCCACAGUGCGGGUUCAGCAGGACGGCGGUGGGGCUGCUGAGAGAGGAAGGGGUGGAGUUCGGCACCUUCGACAUCCUGGCGGACGAUGAGGUGCGGCAGGGGCUCAAGAAGCUGUCGGAGUGGCCCACAUAUCCCCAGCUGUACUGUGGCGGCGAGCUCGUGGGAGGAUUGGACAUCAUGAAGGAGAUGAAGCAGGCAGGCGAGCUUGAAGCAGCGCUUCGGCCGCAGGCCUAACCCGUCGCCAAGCCAUCGGCGGCAUGAGUCCACACAACACCUUGGCUGUUUCGACUUAUUGUGUUGUACACAUGCGGAGAACCGAGCAUCUUGGCGUCUGGCACGACAGCCCGUCGAGAUGACUGUGUGAAGGAGCAUCGUGCAGCGACAGCGAGCUAGGCGGUUCCAAGUUUCCCCGGUGGAGCAUGUAUUGUGAAGGCUUGUUGGUCGACGAACAAUGCUUCGACCAUGGCGGCAUUCAAUAUUGGUAGACGUUUUGAGAUCGGCGUGCGGUGUGUUUCAGUUGAUGGAGUGGAGCGCUAGUUCAUAGCAAAAUACGGCACACGAUGCACGAAAGUGGUGGUCGAAAGUUCGUGGCAAAGACGGCUAGGCGCUACUUACGGGUACGUACGUAUUUGCCGUUGGCAUCGCAGCGUGCCUCGGGCAAUCGUGCUGGUCCUAGGACCCCUAAGAGAUUUUUGCUUUUUUUCAAAGGUGGUGGUAUUUGAUGGUGACGUGGUGUCGUGUUGCAGGUGUGAGGACGAGGUGGAAGAAAGUGGGUGCAAUGGCACUCACUGCGGACGCGAUGAACAAGGCAGGGGGGGAAAUCACGUGGGCGAAUUGCGUUAGUUCGGUGUAACGUGGCGUCUCACAACACGCAUUGUCAAUCCAGCUGUAGAUUGAACGGGUCCACACGAAGGUGUCAGCCCGUUUGCCGGUCCACCAAGAAAAUAAUAUUAUUGAUGAAGCCUU